GCCGAGAAGAAUUAAACCGAGCUUAUAGACCAAGGAUCUAGCCCAAGACUGUAGAGAUCGACUUCCCGGUGCCUGAUAGACUGCCUUAGUCUGCGGAAGCUUCAUUAUCGAUUGCCAGAGUCAUGCCACCACGUACUGGUAGACGACGCCGGCAGAAUCAGGACGGGAUGCAAGGUCCUACCCAAGGUCCAUCUGUAGGGGAAUCUAGUACCCUAGGAAUUCGAGGUGGUGCAGGAAACAAGCAGUUUGCGAGAACAACACAGGAAAUAGGAAGGACAAAUAGAGCAGAGCCUAGUGAUCCAGAAAAGGCAUACGGAAUUGAACGGCUGAAGAAGUUAGGGGCUACAGUGUUUGAAGGUUCCACAGAUCCAGCUGAUGCAGAGAACUGGUUGAAUAUGCUUGAAAAGUGUUUUGAUGUGAUGAAUUGUCCUGAGGAGCGAAAGGUUAGAUUGGCCACAUUUUUGUUGCAAAAAGAGGUUGAAGGAUGGUGGAAAUCUAUAUUAGCAAGACGCAGUGAUGCACGUGCUUUAGACUGGCAGACUUUUAGAGGCAUAUUCGAAGAUAAGUAUUAUCCCAGCACAUACUGCGAAGCCAAGAGGGAUGAAUUUCUGGGGUUGAAACAAGGAUCACUUUCAGUGGCUGAGUAUGAGAGGAAGUAUACCGAGCUUUCACGGUAUGCUGACGUUAUUAUAGCUUCUGAGAGUGACAGGUGCUGAAGGU